CCAACAAACCCCAAGUAAUUGUAAAUUAAGGCAAGUAACUAACGCUGAGACAACAACCAAACACAUAAAACCCACCAUAAAAAGAAACAUGAAAAAUAUUGGAGACUCACCGCCUUAAUACAGCAAGAAAGGAGAGAUCUUUUUGCUUCUCUGCCUUUCAGAUUUUACAGAGCGAGCAAAAAGAAAUGUGGGAAUCCAUCUGUUUAACGCUGGCAGCCACCGCCGGUAGUAACAUCGGCAAAGUUCUUCAAAAGAAGGGCACGGUCAUUCUGCCUCCUCUUUCUUUCAAACUCAAGGUGAUAAGGGCAUAUGCUGCUAAUGUAGCUUGGAUCAUUGGUUUUCUUAUGGAUAUUAUUGGUGCAUUGUUGAUGUUGAAGGCAUUGUCUCUGGCUCCUGUUUCUGUCAUCCAACCAGUUUCUGGUUGUGGACUUGCUAUUCUUUCUGUCUUUUCCCAUUUUUACCUAAAGGAAGUCAUGAAUGUCAUUGAUUGGAUGGGGAUCACUUUGGCUGGUAUUGGUACAAUAGGAGUUGGUGCUGGAGGUGAGGAGCAAGAGGCUUCGUCCAUAUCUAUUUUUCAGUUACCUUGGCUGGCGUUGCUUGUUGCCAUCUUGUUUGUAGUUCUCAAUGGAUGGCUUCGGAUGUACAGACGUCAAAGAAGAGCACAUGAGACAAUGGACUAUGAAGUUGUUGAAGAAAUUAUAUACGGCUUGGAAUCUGGCAUUUUGUUUGGGAUGGCUUCUGUAAUAUCAAAGAUGGGAUUUGUCUUCUUGGAGCAGGGCUUCUCCAAAAUGCUAGUUCCUUUAUGCCUCACCAUCAGUAUAUGCUGUAGUGCAACAGGAUUUUAUUACCAGACCCAAGGUCUAAAACAUGGAAGGGCAAUUGUGCUGUCUACAUGUGCUGCCGUGGCAUCAAUAGUGACUGGUGUACUUGCUGGAAUGCUUGCUCUGGGGGAACGGUUGCCUUCAGCACCAGCUGCCCGUUUUUCUCUUCUUCUCGGAUGGCUGCUUAUCGUAGUAGGUGUGAUUUUACUUGUGAGUUCAACUUGGCUGUUGCGACACCUUCCACAACCAUUGCGUCACUUCACAAGUAGUGCUGAUCGAAAUUUCAGUCUGAGUCGAUCAGGAUCACUCCGACUUAAGGAUCCAAACCCAACUGCUGUUAUCCAUGCAGCAACAUUGCAUCAUUUGAUAUCAUCUCCAUCUAAGGAGAAGGCUUGAACAGAAACAAUGCUUGCAAAUUUUUUGCCAACGCCUAGACUCGAGACAUUUUGGUUAACAUGGUUGUGCAUUCCCUGAAAUGCUGCAUCGUGCUUGGUCUUGUUAAGGGUGGGGUGUACAGUUGGUCUGAUCACUGCGGUUUUUUUUUGGAAGGCAUGAAAUUUUUUAAAUCAUUCCUUCUGUGAUAUAAUUCCAGUUUGGAAUAUCUACCUAUUUCCAACUUCUUUUAAAGUUGCAUUUGACUGUAAGAUGUAAACCAUUUGUCACAGUAUGGUAUUGUAAUUAAGAUUGGAUUUCUGUCAACAA